AUGUCAGAGAACGGCUCUUUUGCCAACUGCUGUGAGGCCAGCGGGUGGGUAAUGCACCUGGGCUGGUCGGGGGCAGGCAGUAUGCGGCCCUCCGGGACCCCUCGACCUCCCUUCUGGGUGGCUCCUGCGUCAUCCGCGGUGCUCAUCGUCACCACCACCACCGCCGUGGACCUUGUGGGAAACUUCCUGGUGAUCCUCUUGGUGCUCAGGAACCGGAACCGCAAGCUCCGGAACGCAGGUAAUUUGUUCUUGCUGAGUCUGGUAUUAGCUGACCUGGUGGUGGCCUUGUACCCUAACCCGCUAAUCCUCGUGGCCAUGUUCUAUGACAGCUGGGCAGUGGGGGAGGAGCACUGCAAGGCCAGCACCUUGAUGGGCCUCAGCGCCAUCGGCUCUGUCUUCAAAACCACGGCCAUCGCCAUUAACCGCUACUGCUACAUCUGCCACAGCGUGGCCCGCCACUGAAUCUACCGGUGCCGGCACACCCCUGUACACAUCUGCCUCAUCUGGCUCCUCACUGUGGUGGCCUUGCUGCCCAACUACUUUGUGGGGUCCUUGGAGUAUGACCCACCCAUCUACUCCUGCUCCUUCAUCCAGACAGCCAGCACCAGGUACACUGCAGCAGUGGUGGUCAUCCACUUCCUUCUCAUCACUGUCGUGUCCUUCUACCUGCGCAUCUGGAUGCUGGUGCUCCAGGCACACAGGAAAGCCAAGCCAGAGAGCAGGCUGUGCCCGAGACCCAGUGACUUGCGAACUUUGUUUGCGGUGUUUGUGAUCUUUGCCUUCUGCAGGGCCCCACUUGACUGCAUCGGCCUCACUGUGGUCAUCAACCCUCAAGAAAUGGCUCCCCAGAUCUCUGAGGGGCUAUUUGUCACUAGCUACUUACUGGCUUAUUUCAACAGCUAUCUGAAUGCCAUCGUCUAUGGGCUCCUGAACCAGAACUUCCACAGGGAGUACAAGAGGAUCCUCUCAGCACUUUGGAACCCAUGGCACUGCAUUCAGAAUGCUUCCAAGGGCAGCCAGGCAGAGGGGCUGCAGAGCCCAGCUCCACCCAUCACUGGUGUGUAG